AUGGAUGCUGGAAUGGAUGGAACCAAUGCUACUUUCCUCCUUGAUGAUUGGGAGAGAGACUUCCUGGCCUCCGCCUUGUUGGUCAUGUUUGUUGCGGGAACCACCGGGAACGUGAUGGUUCUGCUGGCUGUAGCCUUGUCCCGCAAACUUCAAACCUCCACCAACAUCUUCGUUGUCAGUUUGAGCGUGACCGACCUCCUCGUGUCACUGGUUCAACCUCUGCAAGCUGCAGGAAUGCUCGGCAAGGAUGGAUGGCCACUUCCAGACUUAAUCUGCAAGAUCGUCGCCGACGUCGCCAUUACCUGCGUCUCGUGUAGCGUCAUCACCGUCUCGCUCAUAGGUCUCAACCGCUUCGUACUCAUCACGAGAUCGAAAGAGGCAUACCAACGCAUAUUUUCUACCAAGUUCAUGGCUGCAAUGAUAAUGUUCUCUUGGAUGUACCCGGUCGUCACGUUGAUUAUCCCUCAAACGUCCGGACGGCAUGGUCGACUGGGGUAUGACCCAUCAACGCGACUUUGCAUCUGGGAUUUCGCUCAUCCGAACGCAAAGAUAUAUGUGGUCCUAGCUGCCGUCAUGUCAAUGACAACGUUCAACGUGACCUUCGUCAGCUAUAUCUUGAUCUUCAGACACGUCAGGAAGAGCGCCCUCAUGACAAGGUCCAAUGCUGCUAUCAUCCGUCGACCAUCCGCUGGAGUGUCAGGUCGUAAGCGCCACCGGAAGCAGAUCGAGUUAGUGAUCACCAAGAACUUGCUCUACGUCAUCUGUGGAUUCUUUUGUUGCGUCAUCCCAUACACGGGGCUAUUUCUUGCCCUUCCCUUCCUUGAAGGAUCAUGGUUGAGAGUAGGUCUCCACGUCUCGUCGUAUGCUGCUGUUCUGCUCGUCUUGGACAGCUGUCUGAACCCACUGAUCUACGCAUGGAAGCACCCACACUUUAAAGUUGUCUUCGGCUGCAUGGUGCGUCGCAAAUGGCACGAAAUCCCAGAACCAUCAAAAUACUUGACCAGAUUCCUCCGCCUUGGUGGUAAUACCAUUAAGUCCUUGAUAAUUUCUGAAUCAACCCAACGUGUAGGAACGAGUAUUUGA